AUGCUGAAUGAGGACGAGCUGUACCACAUGCUGAACAAGGACGACCUUUGGGACGCAGAGCUGCUGGUUAUUCCGAAGAAGCAAAAUCUACCGCACGCCACGAACACGGCUGAAGUGACGGACAAACUGUGUCUGCACGGUCUAUGCCACCGAUAG